AUGAAUUGUUAUAUCUCCCUUCUAACGGCGACGGAUGCCCGAUCACAUGUCCAUCUAAUCAUUGGUUCGAACCCUCUUGCGGCGGCGCGAUGUGGACAGUCGUUAAGUGCUGGCGCAUCGCCAAUCCUCAUUGCGCCGGAGACAGCAGAGCUGUACUAUGCGCUGCAGAAGCGCGUGGACGAUGGUGAAGUGAAAUGGGUAAAGAAUAAAUUCCAGGAUGAGCAUCUAUUCACAUUGGGAAGAGAGGAAAUCAAUCGUGUUGUGGACGCUGUUUUCGUGACUUCGGGAUCUCGAGACCCUCUAAGUGCACAUAUAUCAUCACUUUGCAAACAUAAUCGCAUCCCCGUGAACGUUGUCGAUGCGCCGCAAUUAUGCUCCUUCUCCCUCCUCUCUACGCAUGUCGACGGUCCGUUACAAAUCGGCAUAACAACGAAUGGUCGCGGAUGCAAAUUGGCGUCUAGAAUACGCCGUGAGGUUGUAGCUUCGCUACCUCUGAAUUUAGGAUCUGCCUGUUCGCGACUGGGAGACGUGCGUAGGAAGAUACAAGAGGAAGAUCACUUGCUACAUAUGGCCCUGGCGGAUGGAGACGAUGUUGACGAUUCGAUCGACCAAUCAGCUAGUUUCAACAAGCUUGUUACGGAGGCAGACUUAGACGCAGUGAAGAAUAGGCGCAUGCGUUGGCUUAGCCAAAUCUGCGAGUAUUGGCCACUGAAAAGGCUUGCUGCUAUUACGGAUGAGGAUAUGGCUAACAUCUUGAAAUCCUACGACGACCUUGGCUCUUCCAAUCCAAGUAGCAAAUCUUCCCCCGCCAACAACGCUAGCAACCGGGGGCGCAUCAUUCUCGCCGGGUCCGGCCCCGGCCACCCGGACCUGCUCACGCGAGCAACGUACAAAGCCAUACAAAACGCGGAUCUAGUGUUAGCGGACAAGCUAGUACCAGCUGGCGUGCUGGACUUGAUUCCGCGCCGCACUCCCGUGCACAUCGCGCGCAAGUUCCCGGGUAACGCGGACGCGGCGCAGGCCGAGCUAGAGGAAAUGGCCAUGGCGGGCGCGCGCGAGGGUAAGACGGUCCUACGCCUCAAACAGGGCGAUCCGUAUAUCUACGGGCGUGGCGGCGAGGAAGUCGAGCACUUCCGAAGUCAGGGGCUAGGAGACAAGGUUGUAGUCUUACCAGGGGUUACAUCGGCGCUAUCCGCACCCUUGUUCGCGGGAAUUCCACCUACGCAGCGCGACGUUGCGGACCAGGUACUGGUGUGCACGGGGACGGGCAAGAAGGGCAAGGCACCGACACCGCCGGAAUAUGUACCGAGUAGGACAGUUGUGUUCCUUAUGGCGCUGCAUCGCAUCGCGGGGCUUGUUGAGGAAUUAACGGGGCACCUAGAGACAGAAAAAAACAUAACCACUAAUGAAGCUCCUCGGCGCGCGCUAUGGCCGCGAAAUACACCCUGUGCCGUAGUCGAACGCGCUAGUUGCCCGGACCAACGCGUCAUCCGGACUACGCUUGACCGCGUCGUCGAGGCUGUCGAGCAGGAGGGUAGUAGGCCCCCCGGACUACUUGUCGUCGGGCGCGCGUGCGAAUUCUUAAAUAAGCUUGAGAAGGGCCGCGCGUGGAGCGUUGAAGAGGGGUUUAGAGGGUUGGAUUUUGGGCUGGAGGGGCUGGAUUUAGGUGCGUGA